GUCCGCAGUCCAAGGCGCAGCUGCACUGAGAGCUCGCGGUGCAGCGUUGCUGUCGCGGUCACCGUCGCCUGCCCGCUCGUCCGCCUUGGCGCAUCCCCGCUGCGCUCAGACCCUUGCAGCACUCCCGGGGUGCGAUCGGUCGCUGCGGGUAGUGUCCCCGCUGCGGCUCCGCGGCGAUGGCCACCAAGAUCGACAAAGAGGCUUGCCGGGCGGCGUACAACCUGGUGCGCGACGACAGCUCGGCGGUCAUCUGGGUGACUUUUAAAUAUGACGGCUCCACCAUCGUCCCCGGCGAGCAGGGAGCGGAAUACCAGCAGUUCAUCCAGGAGUGCACAGAUGACGUCCGGUUGUUCGCCUUCGUGCGUUUCACCACUGGGGACGCCAUGAGCAAGAGGUCCAAGUUCGCCCUCAUUACGUGGAUCGGUGAGAACGUGAGCGGGCUGCAGCGCGCUAAAACCGGGACGGACAAGACCCUGGUGAAGGAGGUCGUACAGAACUUUGCUAAAGAGUUUGUGAUUAGCGAUCGGAAGGAGCUGGAGGAAGAUUUCAUCAAGAGCGAGCUGAAGAAGGCGGGGGGAGCCAAUUAUGAUGCCCAGACAGAGUAACCCCGUGCCCGUCCCCCCUUGCCAAAGUCAUCUGCCUGCUCCCCGGGGGAGGGGCCCGCCGGCCUCCGCUACCAGCCCACCAGGCAGAGGAGAAGCCUCAAGAGGCAGCGCCCACCACCCUGUGUCCGCACCCCAAACCCUCUUCCUGCUUCCCUCAUGAACCCUGCUGUGUCCUGUCUCCUGAAGCUCAUGGAACAUCUUUCUUCGAUCUUCUUUUUCUUCCCCCACCCUCCUUUUUUGUUCUAAAGAAAAAUCAUUUUGAUGCCAAGGUCCUGCAUGUCGCCAGAUCUGCGGUACCUCCUGCGGUGACCCCUUUUCCUGGCAUCUCUCCUGUGCUCCAUGAGGCCGCCCUGUGGGACCUGCCAUCGCCUGGCAUCGCUUCCGUAGCCUGAGACUGGGCUGCCACCUCGGUUUCCCUUGGCUCACCCUCCUGUUACCGCUGAGGGGUCCAUAGGGCCAGGAGCUGUGCCCACCACCUGCAGCCUUCAUAAGCACACACAUUGUCCUAUUUGUCAGCCUCAGACCUCCUAGAACUGGGCCAGAGUCCCUCCCCACCCCAUUCAGAGUUGCCUAAGCUACGUGGUCAGCAAUAGAGGCAGAAAUGCUCAGUGAUGAGACGUUUAGGUCUGGCUCAGACCUAAUAAGAUGAGAUAAAAUUUGCCUUAAAACUUGCCUGGCAGGAGCCUUGACGCCUGGUCUGAAACCUGCCCUGUUCCUGCCCUUUGGACUGAAAUUUCCUUGUGGUUUGGAACUGAGGCAAAAGUCUGCAUCCAGAGUUAACAGGAGGCGUAUUUUAGGGAUAACUUUAGGGGCUCCCAAACUGACAAGGCGUGAGGGAGAGAGGCCCAGGGUGGGGAAUAGGAAUUUAGGUAGAAACCGAGAACUGGCUCCUCCCUUACAGAAAGGUCCCCGUGCAAGCAGAGAAGAGCGCGGGCUGGAGGGCUGCCCCGCCACCCCAGCCGUGAGCCCUACCACUCAUGGCCACUCGAAAGUCUGUGGUGUCAGUCCUGGGCCUGCGCUGAAAAGUCAAGGAUCUGCUUUGUUUUGUUUUUAAAGAAAGAUGAGAUUGGCUUGGUUUUUCAUGAGCACGUUUUAUGUAGUUCUUUUUCUUUUUUUCCUUGCUCAUUUCGUUUUGGGGAAGAAAAUCUGUACUGCAUUGGGGCUGUGAAGAAUAUCUCCGCACUCAAACAGUUUACAGAAAUAAAUGGUUUUUUUUGUUGUU